GACGCUGCAUUCUCAGACUGACAUUCAUUCAGCACUCACUGACACCUUUUAAACAGAUUUGCUCUGUUCGCUUAGCUGCUAGUGUCAAUUUCCGAUACCUUGUUCACUUCACUUCGUCUCCAGCACCAUGCUCAGGAUGCUACAGAAACUCCGUCUCCAGCCAGGGAUGAGUCUAUUAUUGAUAUGGCUCUGUCAUUUCAUGGAAGAUCAAAAAGUACAAGCUGGUAACUGCUGGUUACAGCAGGGGAAGAACGGGAGGUGUCAGGUGCUCUACGUACCGGGGAUGAGCCGAGAGGAAUGCUGUAGAAGCGGGAGGCUGGGAACGUCAUGGACCGAGGAGGAUGUACCCAACAGCACCUUGUUCCGGUGGAUGAUCUUUAACGGCGGAGCCCCCAACUGCAUACCCUGCAAAGAAACGUGCGACAACGUGGACUGUGGACCCGGAAAGAGAUGCAAGAUUAACAGGAGAAGCAAGCCGCGCUGCGUCUGCGCGCCAGACUGCUCCAAUGUCACUUGGAAAGGACCUGUCUGCGGAUCGGAUGGAAAGACAUACAAAGACGAGUGCGCGUUGCUCAAGUCCAAAUGUAAAGUCCAUCUGGACCUAGAAGUGCAGUACCAGGGCAAAUGCAAGAAGACCUGCCGUGACGUUUUAUGCCCAGGAAGCUCCACGUGCGUCGUGGACCAGACAAAUAACGCAUAUUGUGUGAUGUGUAAUCGGAUCUGCCCUGAACAGAGGUCACCGGAUCAGUUCCUGUGUGGCAACGACGGGAUCAUCUAUGCCAGUGCAUGCCAUCUGAGGAGGGCGACAUGUCUCCUGGGCAGAUCCAUAGGAGUAGCAUAUCAGGGGAAAUGCAUCAAGGCCAAGUCGUGCGAGGACAUCCAGUGCAGUGUGGGGAAGAAGUGUCUGUGGGACGCCAGGAUGAGCCGAGGCCGCUGCUCCCUCUGUGAGGAGGCGUGUUCAGAGAGCCGGAUGGACGAGGCGGUGUGCGCCAGCGACAACACCACCUACCCCUCAGAGUGUGUUAUGAAGCAGACUGCCUGCUCUCUGGGAACGCUCCUGGAGGUUAAGCAUUCAGGAUCUUGCAACUAGGUCGUAGGUCAAACUGCUGCGACACAUAGAGACUCUCCGCCCAAUGGCAGCAACUGUACUGUGUCUGAGACAAACGGAGAAACAUAAAGAAACAUGAGAACGAAACCAGCAAAACCCUACAACAUAAACAAAAACACUUUUGUGUGUCUGACUGUCUGCUUUCAGGAUUCUGCUGCCCAAAAAAAAGACCUGAUCCAUUCAACCCCUCAGAUCGCCCUGCCCCCUGACCCCUGACCCCCCCCCCCCUCCCCCCCUCCCUUUCCCACUCGCUGCUCUGCUGUCAUAGCCCUGGCGUCCUAGACCUAGAUUAUGUAAACAAUGUCUCAUCAUUAUGGGAUGGAUGACUCAGUGCCAAGUCCCCUCUCGGCCCUGAAACAUAACAGCACCACGAGGCUAUACUGGGGCUUCGUGGAGGGACAUGGGGCUUUUGAGAACAAUUAGAUAAAUACUCUUCUGCUACAUUGCUGUUGUGGUCCUUAUCUAUACAACAGCUACCAUAUAUUCUCCCAUCUAGCCAUUACAGAAGCCCCGGAGGAAGAGGAGGAGGAGGAGGAGGAGGAGGAGCAGGAAGAUCAGGACUACACGAUUUAUAUCCACCUGUCCUCCUUAUUGGAUGGAUAGGCUGUCUAUCAUAUCCACCUGUCCUCCUUAAUGGACGGAUAGGCUGUCUAUCAUAUCCACCUGUCCUCCUUAUUGGAUGGAUAGGCUGUCUAUUAUAUCCACCUGUCCUCCUUAUUGGAUGGAUAGGCUGUCUAUCAUAUCCACCUGUCCUCCUUAUUGGAUGGAUAGGCUGUCUAUCAUAUCCACCUGUCCUCCUUAUUGGAUGGAUAGGCUGUCUAUCAUAUCCACCUGUCCUCCUCAUUGGUGGAUAGUCUAUCUUCCUCCCCUCCUUAUUGGUUGGAUAGACUGUCUAUCUAUCUGCCUGCCUGGUCUGCACUAGAGGGACAGUCCAAGGGCCUGGAACCAUGUUCAUACUGUACAGUCCACAUGUGUAUGCUUAUAUAUAUAUUUUUUAAAGAGACAAAAGUAUACAUUUAGUUCAGUUCUAGAUGUUUUAUUUAUACAUUUGGUUUGUGUUUUUAUAAUUUAUACAGUUAAACACUGUACUUACUAUCUACCAUGUUAUUUCUACCACCAGUUUGUUUUUUAUUUUUUAUCAUGGUUCUUUUUAGUUUUCAUUAUUUUUUUUUUAUAUUAUGAAGACAUAUAUUUCUCCAAAGAGAAGCAGUGUUAUUUAUUAAGUAUCCAUCUUCUUUCUGUAAAUGGCAUCGUUUUUCCCUGAGCCGUAAAAAAAAAAUGACAAAAAAAAUCAAAUCUGCUUUAUGUUCACGUGAACUUUUAUUAUCACAGAUGUUUAUCAUUCACACAUUAACUCCAUGUUUAACCUUCCUACGUGUUUAUUUAUGGGUUAUCUAUCUUAUCUGUCAAUCGUUUAUAUACAGAAAAUGUUUCUGCUUUCUUGUUUACACCUCGUUGUAACUGGCCAAAGGGAAUUCUUGUCUGUUCUGCGGUGGAACGGUGCUUUCGUAUGGUGCAACGUGGUUAUAGCUGGUAAGCCCCUGGUCCCAGAUCUUUUGCCUUACUCCAUUAUUGUCGAGCUAUUGUUUGGCAUGACAAGUACAUGAGUUGGCAAAAGAGCAGAAACCACCUGGCAAUCAGGAUAUGGUGAUAUUAGUGAGGCUACUCCUCUACAAACGGUUUCCCAAUGGAGUGUUUUACCCAGAAGUCACUCAGUAGUAGUAUUUUAUAUAUAAUACAUGUUAGAAAAUAUAUGUUUUUUUUUUGGGACAACACUUGAUUUUGUCCGAAAAUGUGCCGUGAACAAAUGUUGUGUGCUGCCAAUGUUUUGUUCGAUAUUGCUCUUGCAGAGAUCACCUGACUAGGAUGCUACAGAGACGUACGUAUGUAGCAUAUCAAACAUGCUUUCUUUUUUUUCCACUGUUGUUGUUGUUUUCAGAAUGCAUUUUUUUAUUUUCAAACAUCACAAGAGAAAUACAAUUAGACGUCUGUAGUUUUGUAUUUUUUUUAAUGUAAAUGUCAUAUGUACAUACAAAGGGUGAUGGUAUUUGUACAGAUAUGAAAGAGUGAAACAAUAAAAUAUAAUAUUCCCA